CAGCCAAGGUGGUGUUCCAUGUGAGUCUCGUCGUGCCGGAUCGGACACGGUAGUUCUGAUCGAGACAUGCCGCGCGGUAUCCCAAUGAGAUCCUCUCUGAGGAGCCGAGAUUCAUCUUCGACGUCGACCGGGGUCGAUCCACGGGAACGCGUCAAGGACUGUUGCCGGAAGUUGGUGGCUUUCAUGUGCACUCAAGUGGGCGUGGGCGGUCUGGUGGUAGGCUAUGCCAUUGUGGGCGCCUUUGGCUUCAUAAUGAUUGAAUCCCAGGUCGAUCCGACGGCGACAGUGUGCGUGCGAGAAUAUAUUCGUCGGGAAUAUGCCGACGAGCUGUGGUUCAGCACCGCUAGCAAUCAAUCAGUGAACGUGUUCAAUCAGACCGCUUUCUACGUGGUGUCCAAUAGUAUUCUGCAACGUUAUCAAGAAAAUAUUACUAAAGGCAGGCAACAGAAACUGAACUGCAAUGGCCUAACACCUACCGAUCUCUGGUCAUUUCCAUCGGCGUUGAUGUUCUGCCUCUCGGUGUUCACUAUGAUCGGUUAUGGCAGUCUGGUGCCGAAGACUCAGUGGGGUAAAGGUGCCACGGUGAUCUACGCCGUGCUGGGAAUUCCACUGUACGUGCUCUAUUUCUUAAAUAUGGGCAAGGUGCUCGCGCAGACUUUCAAGUGGUUGUAUACGCGAUUGCACGAGUGUACGGGUCAGCGGAAACCUGGGCAGAGGAUCAUCGUGCCCUCGACCGCUUGUUUAUGGGUGAUAUGCGGCUAUAUAGUCGUCGGUUCGAUCAUGUUCGCCGAAUGGGAGAAGUGGGACUACCUGGACAGUACUUACUUUUGCGUCACUUCGCUCUGCAAAAUCGGCAUGGGUGACCUAGUUCCAGGCUGGAGCCAGCGCGACUCUACGGAAGACAGCCAGACAAAGCUCAUCAUCAACUUUGUGUACUUGCUGCUAGGCAUGGGCCUGAUAGCCAUGUGCUACAAUCUGAUGAGGGAAGAUGUAUAUGUGAAGGCCCGGGAACUCAAGGAACAGCUGAACCAAGCGAUGGACGCAGCUCAUUAUAAAUUAAUGACGUGUUGCAACUGUAAGUCAGAACCUGCAGAUUGAAAGGUCAAAAAGAAUCGCAGGAUGCAUUACAGAAGCAGACUUCAUCAUAAGAAGGUGCAAAAGCUGUAAUAAAGCGAUAACGGGAAAAAAACUUUUGGAACCUAAUCGCAGAAGAGAUCCUUCGCUAUCAACGUAAAAUUAUAUAAAGAAGAAAUAAGAUAGAGAAAGUGAACAAGUUUUGUAUCGUUGCAUAAAUACUAAUGUUAUCACAAGUACAGAUUAGUUUGCCAGUAAUUGUAAAUGGUUUGUGGUAUAUAGUACGUUGUAUCAUCGUGCUAGACGUAUCCAAUAUUAUUAUGACAUAUAAAAUAAUAUAAUGUCUCGUUUUGAUACGUUUAAAGAGAGGUAAGAGAGAUUCCCGUCUAAGAAGGUUAUUUCAUUUUCAAUACAUAAUUGUUAAAUAAUUAUUGGAAAUUAUAGAAACAAAAUUAUGAAAUCAAUACUACGAAACUAAAUACUACGAUUACUGUCAAAUAGAUUGUAUAACUAAUUGUAAAAUUUAUAAUUUUUAUUAUGCUAUUAUAUUAAUUUAUAUAUAUAUAUAAGUGAAAGUCUGUCUGUAUGUUCUUUAUACAAUUCGUACCAAUGGACCGAUCUGAACCAAGUUCGGCAUAGUUAUUCAGUAGGAUUUUGCAAAAAAUAUAGACUAUCUUUUAAUUUGGAAAUCCAAUUACCGCGCACUAAAAUCAAUCUCAACUUUCGCUCCCUGAAAUUAAUAAUAUGUUAUAUGCCGUACCUAGGAAUAACUGUAAUAAUUAGAAUGAAAAUUUGUGCAUUUAUAAAAGUUCGAAUAGGUCAAAAUGACGUAGGUAGCUGAUUUCACAUAAUAAAUGUCAAAAGUAAACGCAAAAAUAGUGAAUAUGGAAAUGGAAUUAAUUAACGAAACGAAAAAGUUGGAAGAAUUAGACGAAUAUAGAAUUUUUAGGAUUAUAUUGCAAAUUUUUGAGAAAAAGUAAAGGUUAAAACUUUUAGUGUUAGAAGAUGGAUUUGAUGAAUUGUUGAAGCAAUUCUGAGAUAUGAACAGGAGCAAGCUGUAAAAAUGGUCAGGAGAGUGUAAAGAGGUUGAGGAGAAAAGUGAAAUGGAAAAGGUUGAGAACAAGUAUAAUAUAAUAAAAACGCUAGAGUAGACGAAGGAAAAAGAAAGACAAAGAGGAAGCCGAAAAA